AUGGCUACAUUCAAACUCCAAGAAGAGCUAACACAGUGUCUUACGAUGGACGCAUGCAUCGCUCGAGGAGGGAUCUCCCACGUUUUAUCACAGGCCCGAGCUUCGCUCAAAAACCCAUCACGCCCAUUCACACCGCAGUCUUCGAGUCGUCCGCUUUUCCACGGAGAUGAUUAUCGUCCAGGAUCGCGUCCAAGCUCUUCAUACACAGCGGCAGAGCUCAAUCAAAUGGCUCAGCAGAGGACGCAGCAGCAACGAACGCCAUUAGUACCAAUGCCCACAAAACUUCCACCACGACCAAGUGGACUCAAGGCUCGACCUCUAGCAACGGUUAAGCCAAUUGAAAAGUCUAUAUCAGCCUCAUCUAGUAGCCUCAAGCUGGUACACGCCCCAAUUCUGUCAGAUGACGAGUCCGAAGUCGAGUUAUCGACUGCUAGUGACGACAUCCAAGCGACAGUGGGGACACAGUUUGAUCCGGAGGCCUCUCUAAGUCUUCCCUCGAAUGAGGAGCUGCUCCAAUCUUACGACGGAAUUGAGCGCUGUAUCAGUGACUUACUUGGUCAAACAGAAUCGCCACAUUUUAUCACCAAAGUUGGCCAAUUGCGUGAAUUAGUGGACAAUUUUGUGGGUCUCAGCUCGUUUCUUCAAGCUGGCAACAAAAUUCAAGACCCGGCAGAAGCCGCAACCGCGAUUCUUUGCGUUCGGCUCUUCGACAAACUCUCCAACGUGCUGCUCGAAACCUGGGCGACUAAUGCCGACUGCGUGUUGGAGCUUGCGCCUUCCCUUUUGGCUCUGUACAGUAGCUGCAGUGAUGACAGCGAUGGGACCAGUGCACAGAUUAUCAAACUGGGUAAGAUCCUGUUUGUCCUCAGUAAGGACAGCGGUAACGAUGGCAGUUUUUGCAACGUUCGCUAUGUGGAGGCAAUACUUCACGCUAUUACCGACACUAGCAACCAGUCUUCAGGAUGUCAGAACGACAAGAACACUAACGAUAGUGAUGACGCUGUAACCCUCUCUUCACAGCAGAAAAUUCCCAUGAAGGCAUUGAUUUACGCGACUGGAACACUGAAAAACAUCUCGAAUGCUGAGGACAAGAUGACUCGCUUAUUGGCAACUAACCGUGCGAUUGCCAUUCUAGGCGAGACCAUGUUGUGGCGCUCUGAAGAUGCAGCUACAAGCAAGGAGAUCGCGCAGUUACUGAUCCAAACUACCGGUAUCCUACGCAAUUUAUCCGUCGCGAAAAGUAACCACAAACAAUUCCUCGAAGCUCACAUCCCUCUACGAGUGUGCGGAAUGAUCCCUGCAUUCAUAUCCCACCAAGAACUUAUGGUAAACAUCUCGCGUAUCUUGAGUAAACUCACGCUCCACGAGCUUCCACGAGCUCAAAUCAACCAGAACGCCACCAAUCUACACAACCUCAUGACACUCAUCGACCCUCGUCAAAACUCGUGGCUUUCAAUCACGGAUCAACAGCACUCAGACACGCGAUUCCAAGACUUACUCUUCGUCCGCAUCUUCUUCGUACUCGGCAAUUUGUGUGCCGGUAACGAUCAGAAUCGGCGUUUGAUCGCCACAAAUUCCGGGAUUUCAAUUAUACUGAAAGUGUUAAAGUUGUACACUGCUCGCUACUCGAACGCUCGGAACUCAGAGACCAAAGACGAGAAAGAAAAGCGUCGUUACACUGUAGACGGAGACCAGGCGAUGGAAGUGUUGAUCAAACUCGUCCGCGUGGUUGCAAACCUAGCAAUCAACGCAGACGUGGGUGCUCAACUCAACGGAUACGAAGCUCUGACACCUUUACUGGACAUCCUGGAAGUAUCACAACGAGUGGGAGAUGAAGAGCUAAUGCUGAAUACCGUAAGCUGUAUCACUAACGUGUCGUACUACAGCACAGCAACCGCCAGUGACUCGAAGGGAUCAGCCCAAAGCAACGACUACUGCUUCAUUGAAAGCAGCCGCGUUGUCAUCACGCAGCUCCUGGCUCGAAUUCUAUUGGACAGGAACGAAGAAGCGGUGGUAGAAGCUGCCAGAGCUUACGGAAACUUGUCGCGGUUUAAAGAUGUGUUGGAGUACAUGGAUGACCUCAAGGUGCUGGAAUGUCUUGUCGUUCUGCUUAACCACAGCAACCGUGAAGUCGUAUACACAGUGUGUGGCGUCUUGAUGAACGCUGCUCUUGACCACAAGACGCGUCAGGCUUUACUAUCUGUUCGUCCCAUGGUUGACAACGAUGACGUUGAUGUCCGCAGUCUACUGGUUGGAAUCGUCGAGUGUGCUGCGGUGGAUGACCUGGAUAUGACACUCAUCGCAAGUAAAGCGCUCUACAACCUGCUACUGUCCAAGGACAUCAAGGCAGUAAGUGUGGAAAUUUUCACUUCCGAUGCGAUGAAUCUACGCCGAACUAUUGAAGAAGUUCUAGGAGCUAUCAGCGAUAACCAGCCAGCAAAGAACGGAAGUAGCAAAGAAGACAGUGAACCAACAGAAGACAAGGAUAUAACCGACUCAUCCAAUAACCAGCAAGAGCUUCGUCUGGUACUGCCACAGCUACUGAGAAGUGUCAACUCGGUCAUAAACGCGUUGUAAUACCUUUAUUCAUAUUACGUUCC